ACACGAACUCACUCCUCUCAUCAAAAUAUUUUCCUUUUAACAAACAAUAAUUUGAUAUUAUUUCAAAUUACGUUGAGGGAAAAUUAAUCUUUAAUCAUGGCAAAGAUCUCCUUUGUGCUUCUCGUUGUCACACUUAUUGUCUUUCAACAAGUCUGUGAGGCUCAUCGUCCGAUAGAUUUCAACGAAGAAGUACUUGAAAAGGACUUACAUGAAGCCAAAGACUUGAUAGAAGAAGACUUGAAAGAAAAAGAAACGAGCAUCAGGAACUUGGAAAGCGAGGUUAGUUUGUUAACCAAAUCAGAGAUGAUGCUUACUCAGCUCGAGCAUGCUUACAAAAAUGGGAAGAGUCUUGAGCGUUUCGGGAAAAGACUCAAGAAAUUCAACAGGAGGAUCAAGCGGGCUCCUGAGGAAGUGAGGUACGUUUCCAUUAUCCAAUCCAUUUUGAAGGAUUUGGGAUUAAACGGAGGGAGAAAUUAAAAAGAAAAAAAUAAGAAUUAGGGUUUGAUGCGUUCAAAGGAGGUUUGAAAUUUCGCCCAUGGAGUUUGGCUUUACAAGUGAGGGGAGCAAAAUCAUUUGCCCAUAGUAUAUUUAAUUGCAUCAAUUGAAUAAUAAAUCAAUUGUAAUACAAUUAAAUGAAAUGUAUUACUACUAAUAUUGUUUUUUUUUCCUGCUGAGAUUUUGUUAAUUUAGUUAUCUCGCAAUGUAUCUUAAAAUAGUUACAGAAAUAUAACAGAUACUUUUUGUUUUU